AGGUGUCCUAAGGGACCCUGAGAUGCUGCCCACUGCCUGGCCCCGGCCGUCACCAGUGUAUGGGAGGGGACAGGCCUCCCCGGGGGCCGUGAGCGUCAAUUUCCCGUCACCUUCUGUCUCUCAGAUCCAAGGAGCCAUCAGAGACAUCGAACAGCUGGACACAGGCCACACAGAGGGCUUCACCCUGGCCCCUGCACUCACGCCAGGAGACAACUCCCAGCCCGGGUCCCUGCAGACCUCCACACAGCCCGAGGGCAGCUGGACACCCUGGCCAGGGGCAGAGGGAGCCCAAGACCCUGGAGGACCCUCACAGGGACUGGACGGCAGCCCGCAGGCCCAACUCCCUGUGCCCUCGCCCUGCGGGGAGAGUCCCCAGGAGCCUGAGGAAGAUGACCUGUAUGUGUUCAUCCCUGGAGAGCCCGAGAACCACGUCCAGACGCCUGACUCCAGGCCCCCCCUGCCCCCACCCCGGCCCGGAGGCUGGGCCUCCCAGGGGCAGACACCCUCCCCAGCUUCAGGGACGGUGGCCGGGGCCCCUGUGAAGAGCGGCCCCUUGGGGUGUGUCCCGGGUGAGUGUGCAGGCGCUGGCGGGGAGGAGGCCCCCCCGGAACGGCUGGAGGACCCCUACACCUUCGCUGAGGUGGAGGACAGUGACUACGACCUCAUCCUGUCUCACUCGGACAGGCCCGCGAGCGGGCGCCCCUCCAUCACUCACAGGCCCCCCGCGCCUGCGCCCCGGCCCCUCCACAGCCCCCCCAGAGUGGACACCACACCCUACAUUGCCCAAGUCUUUCAGCACAAGGCAGCCAGGAGACCCUCCAACGGAGACAAGCCACCCUGCCCCAGGAGAACAGAUAGGCCGCUGGCCGGGACGCGGGGCUGCCUGGACGCGGGGCAGGAGCACUUGAUCCAGCUGCAGCAGCGGGUCAAGAAUGGGGCACUUUCCCUGGACCAGGCGUUGGAGCAGUUUCGGCGCUGGCAGCGAGGAAAACACCUGGAGGUCCUGCAGCAGGAGAAGCUGCGGCAGUUAAGGGAUUGUGUCAUCGGGAAGAGGGAGGAGGAGAACCUCUGUGAAAAGCUCACCAUCCUGCAUCACACCAGGGGGCAGGAAGGUUCCCUGGACCCGGAGCAUUCACUGCAUGGCGGAGUCUUGGCAGGCAGCAAGGUGAUUUUGAGGGACCUGGGGUCCCCAGGAACUGUCUCUGGGAAGCGGACUAGACCCUUGGGUGGCCCCAGCUCAGCGACAGGCCGACCUGUGAGGGCACCUGAGUGCCCACUCUGCUCCCCCACCUUUGUGGAGCCUUCCGGGGGGGCAGCAGGUCCUGGAGCAGAGCAGACGCUGGGCCGCGGGGUGACACUGCCUCUCCGCCUCUGCCGGCCUGCCCCAGGACCCCCAGCCCGCGGCCCUGUGACUGUCUGCACCCCCAGUCACCCUCCUGCCUCCUGCCUCCUGCCUCUGGGGCUCAGCUCCUCCCUGGGGUCUUGCUCCUGGGUUCCCACGAAGCACAGACACCCUCCCCCAUUCUCUGUGAUUCUUGUAUAAUUGCUGCAAAUAAAGUGAAUGUUUAAA